AUGCCGAACUCAAAUGAGAAUCGUAAACUACUUCACCGUCGUCGACCAUCUCGAGAUUCCCCACGUCGACCUAUCACCCCUUUCACCCCUUCCAUUUCUAGGACGAUAGAUCUUCCCGAAACUCCCGUGUCUGAAGAAAAGACAAUCCCUCAAUUGAAAUUCGUACUCGUCGACCCACUCGCAGCUUCACCAUGGUCCAUCACUCGAGGAAAUCAACUUCUCUCACCUCGUCCUCCUCCGUCUCCCCCUACCACACCCAUCUCAGGACCAUUGUCGACCCUCACUUCCACCCCGUUCUCAGCAGUACUUCCCGCAACACCUUUGACAACAACUGAAACGCCUGGUACCCGACUGUCUGGCCGCUCGGACAUCUUUCAACCUUCUUGGACGACACCGAGACCGGCACCUUCUCCCCCGCAAGUCAGUGCUAGUAGGGGCACAUCGGAUAUGUGUCCGUUAACCGUGGGUGGCUGGGGGAGAGAAUGGGAAACGGUAUUCCUAGAUCGACUUCAUAAUACUUCAAGCUCCUCUUCCUCCUCUGGUCAGCCGUCAGCCUCUGCGCCACCGACUUUCUCAUCAGGUGUAAUUAGAGAUGUCUUUUCAGCAGGGGAAGAUGAAGGUGUUCUCGCUUCUUUUCCUAUGCCACCGAAUAGAGGAACAUUAGUACCAUCGACUAAGGGCCCAUUGACACCACCCGCUUCACCCGAAUCUCCAGAUGGAGCCGCUCCAUCACGACCAUAUAGAAGACCCACGGUACCGCCACCUUCACCUUCGCCUCACACUACUUCCUCCUAUGCCGCCUUAUACAAAUCACGUAUAAGUUCACCAACCUGGGAUCUAACGUGUAAUUACGAAGACUCGGGGGAUCAACGAAUCAGCUGUGUGGAUAUGGAGGUCGAUGAUGAUGAAGAGAGGGAAGAGGUGGAACAUUUAGAAAAGAGCGUAUGGCAAUGGAAUUCCGACUCGGACGAAGAUGAUUCGGAUGAUGAUAGUCGAACUAUCACAGCUUCUACACCUGCGAGUGAGAUGAGUAGAUGGAGUGGGUGUUUUGAGGCCCAACAAGCAACGCCGAUGAAGAUCGAAGGACCAAGUGCGGCUGAUCUGAUACGUGAUGCUUAUUUGGUGAGUGUCCGUCGUCUUCCUCUGAUACGAUAUUGA